AUGAGCCGUACCCACUCCCACACAGCAUCCGCGAGUCGCAUUAACCGACGGAAAAGCUCGACCUUUUCCCGCGCUGCCCUUGCAUCCCUCCAAGACGCCGCGGUCCACCAGUCCAUGGUAGGCAGCCUUCCUGCCACGUCCGAGCUGAGCAGCAGUAGUGCUGUCGUCGACGGACCUUCUCUGUCUUCGUUUCAGGGAAUGGACAAGAAGUUAAAGAUGCGUCGAGCGAGCGAUGGUACACACUUGUUGUCGAAAAAGGAAAAGGCGGCCUCGGGAGAGCUCAAGUGCGAGCAUUGUGGGAAAGCAUAUAAGCAUGGCAGCUGCUUGACAAAACACUUGUGGGAACACACCCCAGAAUGGCAGCUCACCUCAAAGUUGCUUAUUUCGAAACAUCAGCAAGUCCAGCUUCUCGAGGCAGCUUCUGUACUGGUGGCUAUGAACCAGGAUGGUCCGGACAGUGACAACUCGUCUUCACCAGCCGCUUCUGGUUCCUCGGACAUGAGGGACGAGGAUUUGAGCUCCACCGAAACAACACCACCUCCACAAGGCGACAAUGGCUACCGGGACAGCAGCAGCAAGAGGUUCAGCAACAACAGCAGCAUCUUUUCGCGUUCCUACCAGUCGGCAUUCUCAGAAAGCGUGCCAGAACACGGCUUCUCCCACAACCGGCACUGGAGCACAUCCAGCGGGCGACCUCUCACCGCAGGCUCCAAUUUUGGAGAGAGCUAUACCGGAAACGAGGAUGCACAAGAUCUCGCUGCCGCUGUUGGUCUUCUCAGCUGUAGCUACGGCACACCUAAGAGUGCGCCUUCAGCUCUGCCAAUGGACGCUCCUCCAGUCCCACCGCUUCCCGCGAAGUAUCAGACAGGAUACUCCAACUUCCGCGGGCAAGGCAACGACGUUGAUAUGGAGGACGAGAUCAGCUCGGACGACGAACCUCAUCAUCCGCGGAACGACGACGUCGACGACGGCAUGUUCGGGAAGAUGGACGCAUGAUGCCGACGAUCCUCCGUCACUUUUGCUACUUUGAUCUUUUGUCGAUGAAUCAUCUCGCUUUAUUCUGCGUGCACCAAACUACGAAAAAACAUGUCAUAACGAAACGCGCUUGCCAUAUCUUUGCAUUUUCACCGCGCGGGACGACACUGGAGGGGAGCAGGCAUCGAGGAAUCACCCUCAACAACCAUCACAGACUGG